AUAUUGAUGUGGUUCUAAACAACAACAACAAAGUGUGUUGGCCCAGGGGCACUUCGGGAUUGACCAAGAGGAAACACAUAUUGCACAAUGAUAGGAUCUUGUCGGUACAGUUGUCAGAGAAGGGAACUCCCACAGCAAAGGGCAUAAAACCAUCCCAGGCAGCCUGGGGCUGCUCAGUUCUGUAGUGUCAGGGAGCAGAGCAGAGCCCCGGCCUGCUCCACACACAGAUGGGACCAUGAACUCCAGUCACAGCUUUAGCCAGACCUGCUCAGCCUCCGUCCAUGGCACUGGAGGCAGCUGGGGUCAGCCUGGGAGCUUCCACAGGGCCCCUAGCGUCCAUGGUGGUGCAGGGGGUGUCCGCAUCUCCCUUUCCUUCACCACACCUCGCUGCCUGCCCCCUGGAAGGUCUUGGGGGUCUGGAAGAGGCGACUCCCUCUUAGGCGGAAAUGGAAAGGCGACCAUGCAGAACCUCAACGACCGCCUGGCCACCUACCUGGAGAAGGUGCGGGCCCUGGAGGAGGCCAACUUGAAGCUGGAAAGCCGCAUCCUGCAGUGGCAUCAGGAGAGAGAACCCAGCAGCAAGAAAGACUAUUCCCAGUACGAGGAAAACAUCAGCCACCUGCAGGAGCAGAUAGUUGACGGCAAGAUGACCAAUGCUCAGAUCGUUGUCCUCAUUGACAAUGCAAGGAUGGCCGUGGAUGACUUCAACUUUAAGUAUGAAAACGAACUCUCCUUUAAGAAAGACUUGGAAAUUGAAGUUGAGGCCCUCCGAAAGACCUUGGACGAUCUGACCAUUGUCACAACAGACCUGGAGCAGGAGGUGGAGGGAAUGAGGAAAGAGCUCAUCCUCAUGAAGAAGCACCACGAGCAGGAAAUGAAGGAGAAUCACAUGCCAAGUGACUUCAAGGUCGAUGUGAAGGUAGACACGACUCCUGGGGAAGAUCUGAUUAAGGCCUUGGAAGAUAUGAGGCAGGAGUAUGAGUUGAUAAUAAAGAAGAAACAUCAGGAGUUGGACGCUUGGCUUAGAGAGCAGUCCACAGCCAUAUCCCAGGAGGUGACUGGCCCAGCGCCUGUGCAGGUCAACCAAAGUGACAUCCAUGAACUGAAGCGCACGUUCCAGGCCCUAGAGAUUGACCUGCAGGCACAGCACAGCAGGAAAUCUGCGUUGGAAAACAUGUUGUCAGAGACCCAGUCCCGGUACUCCUGUCAGCUCCAGGACAUGCAGCAGAUCAUGUCCUACUAUGAAGAGGAGCUGAUGCAGCUACGCCGGGAUCUGGAGCAUCAGAACAAUGAACACAAGAUGUUACUGGGCAUCAAAACCCACCUGGAGAAGGAAAUUGCCACCUACCGACAGCUCCUGGAGGGAGACAGCGAAGGGACAAAGGACGAGCCUGAGUUAAGCACGAAAGCAUCUGCAGCUCCGACGCUCAAGGCCAUCACUCAGGAGAGCAUCAACGGAAGAAUAGUUCUUUCUCAGGUGAAUGAGAUCCAAAAGCAUGUGUGAAGCCAAUAAAAGUUUGUCCCAGUUGUGAAAACUAUGUUACCCUGAUGGAAAAGUCCUUGCCUAGACACUAAUGGGUGAGUCUCAAAAGGGAUCCUUGGCGUUACCAAACUCAGAAAUUUUUUCCUCUGGAAUGGCCUCGCCAGACUUCCCAUAAUGCUCUUAAUAUAUUGCUGGGAUUUUUUCUAAUCAAAGAAGUUUAUGAGUUUAAAGCUCUGCUCUUCUGGUACAAGCUUCAGAGUUCCAUCACUGUGCAUCUGGUUUGUAACCAA